GUAAACCCGAAUGUUCAAAUUAAUUAAAAGAAAUAAUUUUAGAAUACUCAAACUUUGAGUAAUAGUUCUACUAACUUUAACAUGUAAAGUUGCUGUAACAAAUUGUUCGUUUUUGAGUAACUGGAAAUAACAAUUAUUGAUUUCGAAGAACUUUAUGGCAGUGUGACGUACGUGACGUCAUGGCGCACGUCCUUCAGAGACGUUACGCCACUGAGUUGAUAGGUAAUUUCAAGAUGGCCGUGCAUCGCGAGCGGAGCUGUUUCCAGCUUUCUAAAAGUUGCAGUGGACCAAGUGGAGUUCUGUGAGAAAACAAGGUGAAGUCCUACAUUGUGGUCAACUGACUAUUCAGAAGGCACCUUUUAUAAGGUUGGUGGCUCCAAUAUGACCUGGAUCUGUAAGUUGUGCGCAGCUGCUUUCAACACAAAAUCAGACUUACUCACUCACUAUAGGCUGCAACACAGUCACUAUUCCAGAAUCAGCCCUCUUCCCUGCCUCUACAGUGACUGCAUUUGUACAUGUCAAACAUUUCCUGCACUGAAAGCACAUUUAUCAAGAUGUCACCCAGAACAACCAGUCAGUCAUUCUCUGCAUAGUCAGGGUCCUGUGAUAUUUAAAUGCCCUUUAUGCACAUUUCAGCAGCCCCUUUCUCAAUCUGCUGUUUUCAGUCAUCUUCGUAGGCAUUUGAAAAACCAUGAAACGGUGCAGUGCCCAUAUAAGGAUUGCUCAUACGCCACAAAUGUGUACUCCUCAUUCAAUACACACCAAAGUCGAGAACACCAAGCAGAUCUUGUGGCAGACUUUCAAACUGAGAUUGCCAGUGAGGAUCCAUGUAAUCUGGCCAGUGCUUCAGAGGAAACUAGUGAAGAAUGCCCUGGUCCGAGCAGGGAAUUGGAGAAUGCGGAUCAUGUUGAGACAGUCAGUCUUAGAAAUCAGCUUAAAAAGUAUGUGUCGUCUUUGUUCUUGAAGAUGCAGGCUAUCCUACAUAUCUCCGACACUGCCACUCAGGAAAUAGUAGACCACUUGAAUGAAGUCUUCUCUCUAUCUGAGCCACUGAUCAAAGAGGCAGUUCAUGAUGUACUUACAAAAAAUGGUCACUGCAUUUCAGAAUCUGCACUAAGUGAAGUUGUUGCUGCUAUCAUGGACUGCAAUGUUCUGUCUACUUCAACUUGUAAAGGUGCUGAGUUGAGUUCCUCAAAGCGCAGAAAAACCUUUAUAGAGCACAACUAUCCUUGUGUAAUGCCAGUGGAGUACCAGUUGGAGCCUGGCCAUGCCAGCAUGUAUGUUCCUAUACUUUCGAUGAUUCAAGAGCUGUUUAGAAGCACAGACAUUCUUAAGAAAAUUUCUGAAACAGAUACUGCAUUCAAUCAAUAUGUUUCAUGUGCCAAUGGCUCUUACUUCAUGGAAAAUGAGUUGCUGUCAACUGGGGAUCUCGUCUUACCACUCCAGUUGUACAUUGAUGAUUUAGAACUUUGUAAUCCGCUUGGUACAUCACGCAAAAUUCACAAGGUGUGUGCUGUAUAUUGGGUCCUCGCUAAUCUUCCACCAAAAUACAGGUCAACAUUACAUGCUAUACAGUUAGCAAUACUGGUAAAAGUGACAGAUCUCCGCAAGUAUGGAUAUGCAGCUGUACUUGCUCCAUUGCUGCGUGACGUUCAUACUUUGGAAGUGGACGGUGUGUUCAUUGAAGGACUUGGCCAAAAUGUCAAAGGCACUGUCUUUUGUGUGUCUGCGGACAAUUUGGCCGCUCAUGGACUAGGGGGUUUUGUAGAGUCUUUCAGAUCAGGCUGUGUUUGCAGAUUCUGCUUGGGCUCAGUUGAACAGUAUCAAGAAUCCGAAGUCAGAGAUGAGAAGUUUGCUCCGAGAACUAAAACCAGCCAUGACCUGCAUGUGCAAACAGUUAAGUCAAAUUUGAAUGACAUCAUCCCCCUCCCAGCAUACCGUGUGGACGGCGCUCUUAUUCUCACCCCGAAGAGGUUUAUACUUGUAAAACAACAGAGUUAAGCACAAUGACUACUACAUCCCUGCCCAUGUUGCUGAGAGUAGAGCAACCAGACCAGGCACCAAGGAAGCUGAAACUGGGCGCUCGACCUGAUUCUGUUGACUCACUAAUCCGGAUACUAAAACAUGAACUCGACCUCGACCUCGAUGUUGACCUUCUCUACGAAGACCCAGAUUCUGAUGGAAAGCUCACUGCCCUGACCGAUAUUAAUGAACUGCCGCAGAAAGCUGUUGUACACAUUACUUUUUCUCAAGACUCAAGCUCAGUUGCAUCAACAGUGUUGCUCUCUGAUGUCUCGUCUCCAGAGCGUCUGAGCAGGUGGCCGCCAGGGCCUUUUCCAAUCCCAAUGUUCUCAUUCGACGUAGAGCUGAAGCUGAGGGACGGAAAUGCUGAAUAUGAAAACAAGAACACCUACCUCAACUUAACCCGUGACCUGAAGCACAGCAUCUUGGAGAGUAUGGCUUCCACCAUUUAUGGUUUUAAAGCUUAUCCGAGUGACAAGGAAAUUUCAAUGGCCGCCGAGGCUCUUGUGGCCAAACAUCCCUGCUUGACCCAACCAGGGGCUGAAAAGGGCUGGAAUGGGUGGAAGAACUCUAUUAAGUUUAAAAUGGGCAAUUACAGAAACAAGAUGAGACGGGCUGGAUGUCAAGAAGUUGCGGUCAAUUCUGGUAAAAGGAGUAGGAGCCACCCGGAAAAAGAGCCUUCACAUUCGAACAUCAAGCGACCAAAGCGUGCGGAAUUAAAUUUCUUGCCCAACUUUCCUAAAGGAAAGGAUCCGUCACAACUGGAGGAGAUGAGGCAGACAAUUGUUGACGAAUGCAAGAAAGUGGACAAGGACCUGACCCUCAUCCGAAAACUGAUGGAGGCCACAUUCCCUCUACGCAGACAGACGAUCGUUAUGUCCUUCCCUCCUGUGAAUGAGAUCAUGGACCUCUGGCCAGCUCUGAAAAUUGAGUCAGAGUUGUAUGCAGAAUUCCAGCGACUCACGAACCAGAACCUGCCCAAUACAUUUUAUGCUGAGCUGGACCGCCAUCUUCCACGAAUGAUGACUCUAUUCAGGCAGAAGGCUGCCAAAACAGGGAAGACUGCAGAUGCUCUGGCCAGCAUUUUAAAACUUCAUGAUGAGCAGGAAUCCCAUGACAUCCACAGCAGACGCACCACAGCUCUACAAGCCUUGCCUGUAUAUCUGCGUGAUGAUGCGACAGAAUUAUUCAGGACCUGCACAGAUGAUUCUGAUGAACCUGACCUCGACGGUGUUGCUCUGGGCCUUCUCACCUUCGCCAACAAUGAUGCAGGCCUCUACAACGCACUGAGGGUGUCCGUCGUGAUUGAAGGUGCUGUUGUGAUGAGUGUCUCCCGACAUACUGACGCGUUUCUUAUCAUGUUUGGGCUUAUGUACGCUUUGCACCUCAGCUAUCCAAAGGCCUUGAUCAACACCUUUGAAUUUGUCCAAAAAAUCUUGCUUGGCCUUGAUGGUGGGAAACUUUCACCCAAAUUGCAGACCAUGAAAAUUGACUUGUCCAUGUGAGUGUGAAGGGUAGAAGGUUGCCAAGUUGUUUUGAGAAAGUGUUUUAAGGAGGUACUGUUUGAGUUGCUUAUUUUUUGCUUCAGUUGCACCAUUUUUGUGGUUCAGUGUUCAGGGGUACCAAAGUAUUGGUGUACACCAUUCUAGUGCUGAUAAAUGCUUAUCUUAAGUGAUAUUUGGAAUAAUGUGGCAUUGAGUGUGUG